AUGUUUUUACCAAUUUAUGAGGAAUCAAAGAUGAACUUGGAGCAGGAGAGGCCUUUUGUCUGCAGUGCCCCAGGCUGCUCACAGCGUUUUCCUACAGAGGAUCACCUGAUGAUUCACAGGCACAAACAUGAAAUGACUUUGAAGUUUCCUUCAAUAAAAACAGAUAAUAUGUUAUCAGAUCAGACUCCUACACCAACACGCUUUCUGAAGAACUGUGAGGAAGUAGGCCUCUUCAACGACAUCGAUUGCUCCCUAGAGCACGAAUUUAGGAAGGCACAAGAAGAGGAGAACAACAAAAGGAAUAUCUCCAUGCAUAACACAGUUGGAGGAGCAAUGGCAGGUCCUGGGUCUCACCAGCUGACAAAUACCAGGAUGCCAAACCACGACACCAGUGUUGUGAUUCAACAAGCCAUGCCAUCUCCACAGUCCAGUUCAGUCAUUACACAAGCACCUUCCACAAAUCGACAGAUUGGGCCUGUCCCAGGUUCUCUGUCUUCACUACUGCACCUACACAACCGACAAAGACAGCCUAUGCCUGCCUCUAUGCCUGGCACCCUGCCCAACCCUACCAUGCCUGGAUCUUCUGCUGUACUCAUGCCUAUGGAGCGACAAAUGUCAAUGAACUCCAACAUCAUGGGGAUGCAGGGGCCGAACCUCAAUAAUCCGUGUGCUUCACCUCAAGUCCCCCCAAUGCAUUCAGAAGCCAAAAUGAGGCUGAAGGCAGCCCUGACUCACCACCCUGGAGCCAUGUCGAACGGGAACAUGAACACCAUGGGCCACAUGAUGGAAAUGAUGAGCUCGCGACAGGACCAGACGCCGCACCAUCACAUGCACUCACACCCUCACCAGCACCAGACACUGCCACCCCACCACUCGUACCCACAUCAGCACCAGCACCCAGCGCACCAUCCUCAUCCUCAGCCUCAUCACCAGCAGAAUCAUCCCCACCACCACUCUCACUCGCACCUUCACGCACACCCGGCGCACCACCAGACCUCGCCGCACCCCCCGCUGCACUCCGGUGGACAAGCACAGGUUUCGCCGGCAGCGGCGCAGCAGAUGCAGCCCACGCAGACGAUACAGCCGCCACAGCCGACCGGAGGUCGCCGCAGGAGGGUGGUGGACGAGGACCCGGACGAGAGGAGGCGGAAAUUUCUGGAAAGGAACCGAGCUGCUGCCACGCGCUGCAGACAGAAGAGGAAGGUCUGGGUGAUGUCACUGGAAAAGAAAGCAGAAGAGCUCACCCAGACAAACAUGCAGCUUCAGAAUGAAGUUUCCAUGCUGAAAAAUGAGGUAGCACAGCUGAAACAGUUAUUGUUAACACAUAAAGACUGUCCGAUAACAGCUAUGCAGAAAGAAUCGCAAGGAUAUCUAAGUCCUGAGAGCAGUCCUCCUGCAAGCCCGGUCCCAGCUUGCUCCCAGCAGCAAGUCAUCCAGCACAACACCAUCACAACCUCCUCCUCCGUCAGCGACGUCGUGGGAAGCUCCACUCUCACCCAGCUCGCCAGCCACAGAACAGACAUCAACCCCAUCCUUUAA